AUGCAACUUUCGGAGGUAGCGGCGCUUGUGGUCGCCCUUAUUGGGGUUUGUGUCUGGACGGAAGACGGGAGCAAAGUUAUCUCGGAUCGCUUCGCGGUGUACUGGAACAAAACCAAUCCUAGAUUCCACCAAGGGGACUACACCGUGGAAGUCAGCAUCAAUGAUUACCUGGACAUAUACUGCCCACACUAUGAGAUCCCGUUUCCCAUGGACCAGAUGGAGAGAUACAUUUUGUACAUGGUCAACUACGAGGGACACAGCUCCUGUGACCAUCGGCAGAACGGCUUCAAACGCUGGGAAUGUAACCGUCCAGAUUCCCCCAACGGGCCCCUCAAAUUCUCCGAGAAGUUCCAGCUUUUUACCCCGUUCUCCUUAGGAUUCGAAUUCAGACCAGGGCACGAGUAUUACUACAUUUCGGCCACUCCACCUAAUCCGGUUGACAAACCCUGCUUAAAGUUGAAGGUUUAUGUUCGGCCAACAAAAUAUACUUAUAAAUGGGAAAAAUGCAGUGUUGCCGAAAGGACGAACGCUCGGAAAAAUGGGUAA